AUGGAUGCUGGUGGGGCGUAUGGAGGAGGCAAAGCUGGUGCUCCGUUUGAUCCCAUCGGUUUUGUCCAAAGACCACAAGUAAUUUUAAAAGCUACUUGCUUACUAUUUGCAAUAAUUGUUUUUGGAUGCAUAUCUUCUCAAGGCUAUAAAUAUAAUGAUGGUAAAGAAGAAUGCCUUUAUGGCAACGAUGCUAAUGCUUGCAAUUAUGGUGUUGGGAUUAGUGUCAUUGCAUUUCUUGCAUCCAUUGGAUUUCUUGCUGGGGAAUAUCUUUUUGAGCAAAUGUCAUCAGUUAAAACAAGAAAGCAUUAUGUCCUCGCUGAUCUGGGAUUCUCAGGAUUUUGGGCAUUUUUAUACUUUGUUGGCUUUUGCUACUUAACUAAUCGCUGGAGUAAUUCUGAAACCCCAGAGGGUGGAUAUGGUGUUAAUAAUCUUCAAGCUGCCAUAACAUUUUCAUUUUUUUCUAUAUUUACUUGGGCUGGUAGUGCAUGGUUAGCAUACCAAAGAUUUCGACAAGGCACUGAUAGUGCUUUUGCUCCACGGUAUGAUGCUGAUCCUAGCACUUUACCUGGAGGCAAUUCUUACUCAGGUGUACCAAUGGGAGCCGAAGGAGAUGGAGGUUACCAGGAACCUCCUUUUUCAGGUGGACAGAAGAUGCAAGGAAAUUUUCAAGCCCCAACUUAUUAG